CAGUUUUUUCCACACACAUCCAACCCCAAGCUGCAUACUAAUUCCUCUCUCUCUCUCUCUCUCUCUCUCUCUGCAACCAAAGCAUCUAUGACGCUGUUGUCUCCUCCAUGUUCCUGUCUCCUCACUCUAAAUUCUCUAAUAGACUCCAUGACAACUGCUCUCCUCCUCCUUCGCUAAAAUCCUCUCUCCGUCUCUCUGUCUCUCUCUGUCUCUCUCUCUCUCUCUCUCUCACACACACACACACAUGAUCCCCUCUCUCCUUCCAUUAAUGUGUUCCUGCAGCUUUUCGCAUUCUCGAAGCAUACACUAAACACAACAUUGCAGACACCAGCCUUCAAAUUAAAUAAACUAACCAAACCCAACUUCCCCUGUUCCUCUAUAUAACACAACCCCUCCUUCCUCUGCUUCAAGCUCCAUAACAGAGACGCCAUGGAUUCUUGGGAAAGGUCUCCCAGAGAGUUCGCAAUUCCCAAAUCCAGGAAAACACCUUCUUUCUCGUCCUCUCUCCUUGAUUCCAUUUACCGCUCCAUCGACGAUUCAGCCGCCGGCGACAAGCACCCCGUUCCCUCCGGCGAAAGGCGCAAACAGAGCCUCGACGGGUUCUUUGAGGCGCCGGAAGAAUUAAAGGCGAAUUCCCGGCGACCCGUUGCGGCGGAGAAGUGGGUUCGCAACCAUCGCAGUGGCAGCGGCUCUAGUCUCUCCAAUUCGGCUUCUUCGUCGUCGGAUUCCAGCUGUAAUGGAGGCGUUUUCUCCUCGUCGGAAACAGAGUCCCAUGUUCGAAAUCAGAAACCGAAGUCAUCUGGGAUUAGUCUGCACAGACCGAAACCCAUCAGAAUUGAGAGGUCGGAGAAGCCAAUCCUCUCGGACCAGAAAUCGAAAUCGUCUAUGUUCACUCCGCAGCAGAAGCCGAAGCACGAGGGUCGAUUCACGAGGACGAAAUCGAGAGCCCUGCAAAUGUACGGCGACUUGAAGAGAUCGAAGCACCCGAUUUCCCCUGGCGGACGAAUCGCCAGCUUUCUCAAUAAUUUGUUUUCGAACAAUGCGAAGAAGGCGAAGCCGUGCUCGAUUGACCCAUCGGAGGAAAUGGGUUUUCGAUUGAAAUCGAAGUCUGCAGAGCCCUCAACAUGUUCCUCGGUUUCUUCAUUCUCGAGAUCAUGUUUGAGCAAAACCCCUCCUCCGAGAAGCACCAAACUGAGCGACGGCGCGAAGAGGUGCGUGCGAUUCUACCCCGUCAGCGUGAUCGUCGGCGAGGACUGUCGUCCGUGCGGCCAGAAGAGCCUCUACGACGGCGACCCGAGCUUGACGCCGACUCCGACGCCGGCGGCAGGAAUUGCAGGAAACAGGGACGUCAAGAACAGAGCACAGAACAGAGACCUUCUGAGAGGUUAUCAGACGAAGAAGGUGGGAGAAUUUAGAUUUGAAGAUGAAGAUGAGGAUGAUGAUGAUGGUGAGAGCUGUACGAGCUCCGAUCUGUUCGAGCUGGAUUGUCUGAUUGGGAUCGGAAGGUACAGAGAGGAGCUGCCGGUGUACGAGACAACUAAUGUGAAAACUAAUCAUGCCAUUGCAAAUGGUUUGAUUCUCUAGUUCAUUUUUAUUAUUAUCGUGUUAGAUGUUAAUGUAUGUAAGUAGUUUGGUGUGGGGGUCUUAAAUAAAUCACUUUGGUUGUGUUAGUUUUA